UUCUUUUCGGAACUGCUUCCACUUGGUUCCUCAUCGAUAUCGCUUUCUACGGUCUUGGUCUCAACAACAGCAUCAUUCUCAAUGCUAUUGGUUUCUCUGCUAAGUCUACUCCUUGGGAGACUCUCUGGAGCAAUGCUACUGGUCAAAUCAUCAUCUCUGCUCUUGGUAGUGUUCCCGGUUACUAUCUCACUGUCCUUACCAUUGAGAAGAUGGGUCGUCGCACCAUUCAGCUUAUGGGUUUCACAGUCUGCGCCGUUUUGUUUGCCGUCCUUGGUGGUGCUUACCAUCAGCUUUUGAACAGCUCCAUGCCUGGUUUCAUUGUUAUCUUCACUCUUGCCCAACUUUUCCAAAACUGGGGUGCCAACGCUACUACCUUCAUUAUUCCUGGUGAAGUCUUCCCUACUAAAGUUCGUGCUUCUGCUCACGGUAUCUCUGCUGCCUGCGGUAAGGCCGGUGCUAUUCUUGCUUCCUUUGCCUUCAACGUUGUUGUUGAAAUCGGUGACACUACUACUGGUCAACACGCUUUCCUUCCCCAAACCUUGGGUAUCUUUGCUGGUGUCAUGGCCCUCGGUGCUAUCAUCACCUGGUUCUGUAUCCCUGAAUCUAAGGGCAAGGAUCUUGAGGAGUUUGAAGAAGAGCCCAACUUCGCAAUUGUUGAAUCUGCUGGUCUCUCCGGUGCUGAGAAGGUUUAAAUCUUCUUACUGUUCAUGUACAAUUUUCUACUUUUUCAACUACAAUACUGUAUAUACCAAGCAAUUUUCAACAUCAAUAAUAAUAGAGCAAAUAAAAAUAAAUUUGCAAUAAGUUUAUCAAAUCAUUCCUUCGAA